UAUUGGCCGGCCUUUAAAUGGAGGGAGGGAGAAGGCGAGCGAGUGAACGAACGAGGGCCACUUGAAGCAUCGACGCCAUUUCUCCUCUCUGCGAUCCAAGAUGAGCUCUCAGAUCUUCCGGUCUGCUUCGAGGGCGGCGAGGACUCUCCUCUCGUCCUCUCGAACCUCUUCUUCAGUCGGCCAGUGGCGCACUGUAGCAGCAGCAACUGCAACGGUUGCCAGAGGGUCGGCACGCUCUCUUUCUUCCUUUUGUGAUAAGGCUGAUCUCAAAAGCACAUCAAUGGGAUGGUUAUAUGGUGCUCUAGCUGUGCCUGCUGGAGUAUAUAUGCUUCAAGACCAACAGCUACAAGCAGCAGAGCUGGAGAGGACAUUCAUUGCAAUCAAGCCUGAUGGAGUGCAAAGAGGACUGAUUGCAGAGAUUAUAUCUCGUUUUGAAAAGAAGGGGUUUAAGCUUGUGGCAAUAAAGAUCAUGAUUCCUUCCAAAGAUUUUGCCCAGAAACACUACCAUGAUCUUAAAGAAAGGCCAUUCUUCAAUGGCCUUUGUGAUUUUCUUAGCUCAGGCCCUGUGGUUGCUAUGGUUUGGGAAGGGGAAGGAGUUAUAAAAUAUGGCCGAAAGUUAAUUGGUGCUACUGAUCCACAAAAAUCAGAACCCGGUACAAUCAGAGGUGAUCUUGCUGUCGGUGUUGGAAGAAAUAUCAUCCAUGGGAGCGAUGGUUCGGAAACAGCCAAGGAUGAGAUUGCCCUGUGGUUCACUCCUAGGGAAUUGGUGUCUUACACCAGCAAUGCGGAGAAGUGGAUCUACGGAAUUAAUUAAUGAGAUUCUUUUCUGUUCUUUCUUCACUUAUUUUCAAAAUUUUCAGUCUUAUAGAGCAGGCAGGCAAUAUGCGCCGCAAAGAAAUAAUCGAUGUUAUUAAUAAGUAACACUAUCCCGUGGCAAGUUCCUUGUAACCACUGAAAUCUUGCUGGGGUCUUGUAGGAUGUUUAUCUGGAAAAUAAAUGUGAAGUUA